AUGAAGCGUUUUGUGCUGAGGUGCCCGGGAUCGCUGCACUUGCUGGCGCGAUCAGGAGGAUCAGCAGCGUCGAGCGGAUCGGCUGGAUCGGCUGGAUCGGCUGGAUCGGCUGGAUCGGCUGGAUUGGGCACAUCGGGCGGAUCGGUCAGAUCGGGCGCGUUGGGAGCGGACUUGUGUCGGGAGGGGAGGGCCUUCCCCCGGUUGAGGCACCUCCAGGGAAUACACACGAGGGCCAUAAAGGAGGCGGCCCUCCCGGAAGAAGAAGAAGAAGAAGAAAAGAAAAAAGUGGACGACCCAGUGAUGGCCCAAAAUAGCGAGAUGAUAAUUCAGCGGUACAGGCAGUUUAUAGAGGCGAGGCGGGUGGAGGGCAAGGGGAAGGGCCACGUGGGUCGUUCCUCCAGGCGGGAGAUGAUGUACGACCCGCUGGGGUGCGCUUCCGAAUCUCAAAUUAUGUACCACUUAAAGACAUACACGCCGAGCCAAAUUGUAAAUAUAUUUCACAUCUAUUCGUAUCUCUACUACUAUGAUAAGAAAAAGGAAAUGGUGGAAGCUCUGUUGGAUUAUUUGGAGUACCGACUGGAUUGCUUCAGUGUACAGGACGUCCUUCUAGUGUUAGAGCCACUCUACCUCCUCAACGGUACGAGCAACUUUAACAUAUAUCGGCUAAUUAUUAACCAUCUACAGAGGAUGAAAGAAAAAAUGAACCUGUAUAACUACAUUGGGAUUUCAAGAGUUUUCACAAAAAUAUUGAUUGACUUAAUUUUCGAGGAGAAGGAACUGAGUGAGAAAAAUAUGUUGUCACGUUUGUGGUACCAUUUGAAGCAGAGCAAAUUCAAGAAGGGCAUUCCUCCUGAGCAGAGGAAAAUAUCUCAUGGGGACUUCCUUGUGGGUUUCAUGGGCGAAGUGGUUGAGCACGUGGAGGGGCAGCUGCGGCUGCUCUCCGCCAUCGAGCUCACCGACCUGCUCAGCGUCAUGGCGAACUACUCCUUCAGGAGUGGGCACUCCAAGUACGACGUGGCCCUCUUGGGGGGUGGAAGCCAAAGCGGGGGUGGAAGCGGUAGUGGGGGUGGAAGCGGCAGUGGGAAUGAACGCGGCAGUGGGGGCGAACCCUCCCAGUGUGGCGGCAACCCCGGCGAGCGGCCUACCCAACACGGAAGCGAGGAUUCCCAGCACACACCCCUGAAGGUGCACGCCCUGAGCAGCCAAAACGCCUACCUCUUUAAGGAGAACAUCGUGUCCUUCCUAAUCACGAACGAGCUGAAGUGCAAAUACCACGAACUGAGUACUCUCCACAAAAUAAUUAACCUGCACAGCCUGACCAAGCUGUUCAUAUACGACGACCAGUAUCUCCAAAUGAUGGAAAAUGACCUGAGGAACUACCAUUACAUAAGCAACAUUCACCACAAGUAUCUCUCCCUGCUAGUGUGGUGUCUAUUCAAGUAUAGGAGGUUAGACCAACACAUAACCCAGCUGAAGCCAAUCAUCUCACACAACGUGCACCAUUUUGAUGCCAAAGAUUUUUCAAGACUGUGUCACGCCAUUCGAGAUGACAAGCAAACCCUCAUCAGCAUAGCUAGCAAUUUAGCUAGCCAAGUAGAGAGAAUGCCUGUAAACGAUUUUUUGUGUUACUUUUAUGCCGUCGUUUGUCUCGAUUUGUUGCCCUAUGGUGAAGGUGCAGCAUUAACAAGGGGGAACCACCAACAGAGCGAAGGAGAAGGCACAUCCAAGGAUAGAAAUAACUCAAGACAAAGGAGAAACACUUCUGAUGGAAUGCACAACCACACCUUGUCCCUCUUUAACAAAAGCACCAUUCUACAGAAAUGCACCAAGUACAUCAAUGACCAGAAAAAAAAUUUGGGAAAAAACGAAAUUACAAAAAUCGUUCUGAUUUUAAAGAGGAAGAAAGGAGACAAGUAUCUGUAUGUGUUGGACUUGCUGCCUGAGGAGUGGAAGGGGAUCCUCCAUUUGGUUAACUGA